UUCAAAUAUAUGUUUUAUUAAUUAAUAUCUUAAUUUUAAUACAAGCGUCUUUGGAUUCUCUUCUUUAGUUAUAAUUAUCAAGAUAUUUAGCUAAAAAAUGUUCGAAAACGAAGAUGAAGAAUUGCAAUUUGCUCUGUUAUUGAGUCGUUUAGAUUUAAAAAAUAAUUCUUCCAAGAGCUCUGAUUUGAAAUCUAUCAGUAGCUUACUCGAUCAAGAUUCUUAUGAUAGUAUACGCAAAGAAUUUUUUUACCAAAUUUUUCAAUGGGAGUCUUCUUGGACUUUUGAUAAUUCAUACAAAGACGUCCCACCAAGUGUCAUAGAUAGUAUUCCUAUGAAUCCUGUGAAAUUAGUUUAUUCCUCGUUUCAGGAGUAUCAGAAAAUCUUUUUGCCACCUAUCUUAAGUGAAUUUUGGUACACAUUGCGAGAUGAUAUUGCUGAGGAUGCAAAGAAAAAAAAAAAACCAAGUACAAUAACUGCACCAAUCAGAGAAUCAUCGUAUGAGUUUAUUCGAGUAAGCAACAAAAGCGAUGAUUUAACCCGUCGGCUCACCCGAUUCAAGGUGACUGCAACAGUCCCACGUAACAUUAAAGAUAAUAAACUUGAAAAUAAGUAUCCUGGUCGCGGAGAUUUCGUCAUUAUUAAGUAUACAACCAAAAAAACUGAAGAUUUUGGAUAUAUUGAAGAAGUUUCGAGAGAUGGAAAUCGAUGGAGCUCAUCAACAACAUUGACCUAUGUUAUUUUGACAAAACUCUGUUCACAGUCUGAAUUAUCAGGUUCUGUAACUCUGGUUACUGUAGACUGGAUUUUGUCGUAUUUAACUCACGUUGAUUCAUUAGAGAAUAUCUCUCAAUCGCCUUUGAUUAAAUUAAUUUUAAAACCAGAUAUUGACUCUUUCCGAUUAAUGCCAUGUCUCACCAUUCUACCGAUUGUCACAAAAGACACUCUUAAUUCAAAGCAAUUGGAAAUUAUGUCCCGAGUUGUGACUACUGUGGAAAGCCGAACUCCUGGGAUAUGUUUAAUUCAAGGGCCACCUGGAACAGGAAAAUCCACUGUGAUUAAAAAUAUUAUUGCAUCUGUAUUGAGUAGAAAACUUACACCUAGAGUGUUAGUAUGUGCGCCUUCUAACAAAGCUAUUGAUGAAUUAGUUCAGAGAUUGUUAGCGAUUCAACCACUUAUGGAAGACCAAAACAUUCCUUGGGAUAUUGUUCGAGUUGGUCGAGAAGACAAAAUUCAUAAGUCAGUUAAAAGUGUAUCUUUAUUGAAUCUUAGAAAGAGUCGAUUCAGUUCAGUAACGAGAGAACAAGCUGCAGAGGAACAUAUUUUAAACAAUGCAAAUAUAAUUGCAUGUACACUUACCUCUUGCUACACCAGCUAUCGUAUGAAAGCUGUAUUUGGAACUAACAGAUUGAACAUACCUUUUUGUAUAAUAGAUGAAGCUUCUCAGGCUACGGAAAUUUUAACUUUAGUCCCACUAAUGUUCUCUAUCAACAGAUUAAUUUUAGUUGGAGACCCUCAACAGUUGCCUCCAACUGUAUUAUCUCAGAAAGCAAAGGAAUAUGGGUACGAUCAGUCUCUUUUCGCAAGAGCGCAAAAAAUUUUUGAGAGUGAGUCCGAAAAUCCUAUUGUGAUGUUAGAUACUCAGUAUAGGAUGGUGAAUGCGAUCGCGGAAUGGCCAAACCGAUAUUUUUAUCGAGGAGCGAUUAAAAACGCUGCUUCCGUAGCACCGCUAAAUUUUUGCAAUUAUAAAGUUUUAAAUCACUCAUACAGUCAAGAUUCUGACGGUCAUUCCAAUCCAGAUGAAGCGACACUCGUAGCUGAAAUCGUUAAGGCUUUGAUCGAAAAAAAUAAAUCGAUAACCAGCGACAAGGAAAUUGUUAGUAUUGGUGUCAUUACACCUUACAAAAGGCAAUGCAUGUUAAUAAAUGAUUUAUUGAACCCACCUGAAGUGAAAAAAUUACUGAAAAAAGAUGCAGGUGAUGAUAAUCCUGAUAAGGAAAAUGAUGACGGCGGCAAAGAGAAUACUGAUACUGAUGAGAAAGUCAGCAAUGUUGAGGAUAGUAACAAAGAGAAAAAAGAUGAAAUUCAAGGAGAAAAAGAUGAUACACCGAAGCGAAAAAAAAUUGAAGUCAACACUGUUGAUAGUUUUCAAGGCUCCGAAUGUGAUAUUAUCGUAAUGUCGUGUGUAAGAAGCGAAGGUAUUGGAUUUGUUAAAGAUCCUCACAGACUUUGUGUUAGCGUCACUCGAGCUAAGCACAGUUUAAUUAUGUGUGGUAAUUUUAAUACGUUCAGGAUUAAUGAAACAUGGGAAAAUCUUUUAAAUGAUGCUCAGUCUCGUGGUGUUUACGUCGAUAUUUCAAAAGAUGGAAUUCAAGCGAUAACAAGUCAUAUAGUUGUUAAUCAUAAUAAUUCUUUCUUUUUUUAAUUAAUAUUUAUAUAUUUUAUUGACUAUGUUCUUUAUGAUUUUAACUACUACAAUGCUCUUUUAUUAAACUAUAUAUCAUAAUUUUAUUAUUAACGAUAUUGACAAACUCAAUUGUAAUAUUGAUACUUGGUUUUACUUUUUUAACUUUUAACUUUACUUUUAACUCAAAUGUAUAAAUUAAUAAAAAAAAAACAGUC